GGUACCCACUAGCCAGUACCAAGGCCCAGAGGUGCCUGCCAGCCAGCACCAAGACCCAGAGGUGCCAGCCCAGCAUUGCCCAGAGGUGUCCGCCAGCCAGCCCAGCAUUGCUUGCCAGGUACGCAUUGAAUAAUGGCAGAUAGUACCAAAAAAAGCCGUAAAUCAAUUACUUUGGAUAUGAAGGCUAAAAUGAUUAAGUUGUAUGAUGAAGGUGUAACUCAAGCUGAAAUAGGCCGAAGGCUAGGCUACACUCGGACUACAGUUAACACCGUCAUAAAAAACAGAGAAAAACUUCUUGCAGAAAUUAAGAGUGCUACACCUGUUAACACAACAACAAUUCGAAAAAGAGAUAGCAUUGUUGCAGACAUGGAGAGACUCUUAAUACUUUGGAUAGAAAAUCAGACUACACGUCAUGUUCCUGUCAACCAGGCAAUUAUACAAACUAAAGCCUUAAGUCUGUUCAAUGACCUGAAGGCUAAGAAAGGUGAGACAGCAAAGGAUGCAGAAUUUUCUGCAAGCCGUGGAUGGUUUGAUAGGUUCAAGAAAAGGUCUAACCUACAUAACAUUAAAAUACAAGGAGAGGCAGCUGCUGCAGAUCAUAAGGCUGCAGAAUGCUAUCCAAGAGAGCUUGCCAAAAUUAUUCAAGAUGGAGGCUACUCCAUGGAUCAGAUUUUUAAUGUGGAUGAGACUGGUCUAUUCUGGAAGAAGAUGCCUGCAAGAACCUUUAUCGCAAUACAGGAAAGAUCAAUGCCAGGCUACAAGCCAGCUAAAGAUAGAAUAACCCUUCUGUUAGGUGGCAAUGCUUCUGGUACCUUAAAGCUAAAGCCUUUGCUAAUUUACAGAUGGGAAAAUCCAAGAGCUUUGAAGAACUACGUUAAAACUAGGCUUCCAGUGCAUUGGAGAGCUAACAAAAAAGCAUGGGUUACUGCAGCCCUUUUUGAAGAUUGGUUUGACACCUGCUUUGUUCCAGAGGUGAAAGCCUAUUGCAAGGACAACAAUAUCCCUUUCCACAUUUUGCUGCUUGUUGAUAAUGCCCCUGGACACCCUCGAACACUAGAUGAGCUGAACCCUAACAUUCGAGUGCAGUUCCUACCACCAAAUACUACCUCACUACUGCAGCCAAUGGAUCAAUGCGUCAUUGCCGCCUUCAAGUUAAACUACUUAAAAAGAACAUUCAGUAAGUGUAUUGCAGCAAUAUACAAAGAAGAAGGAGACGGUAAAGAAGUCCUAUCCAAAUUCUGGAAAAGCUACAACAUCUUGGAUUGCAUUAAAACUAUAAGAGAUGCUUGGAAUGACAUAAAGGAAACCACAAUGAAAAGGGCCUGGAAAAAAUUAUGCCCACAGUUAGUUGAUGAUUCAGAAGGCUGUGAAGAUCAUGUAGCUACUGUUACUGAAAAUAUUGUAGAUAUGGCAAGGCAGUUAGAGCUGGAAGUGGAGCCAGAAGAUGUUGCUGAACUGCUUGCGUCCCACACAGAGUCCCUCAGCAAUGAAGAUCUUCUAGAACUUGAAGAGGAGAGAGAAGAAGAUGUGCAGGAUGGGGUUGAGAUCAUUGAUCAUCAGCCUAAAGGUUUAACAACAAAAAUUCUCUUUGAAGCUUUCCGUCAUCUUGAUAGCGCCAUGGCUCUAUUUGAAAAGCAUGAUAGGGAUUUUGAAAGAAGUUCCAAAGUCAAUGCUAACAUCUCAGGGGCUUAUGCCUGUUACAAAGAAAUCUACAGGGAGAAAAAGAGAGCUACACUUCAAACCUCCAUAGAAACAUACUUUUCUAAAAGUCCAUCAGCACGCGGAUCAUCAUCAACUGACAGUCUGUUUCCAGCUCUGACAUCACCACCGUGUCCUGCUCCUAUUGCUACUUGUAGUACACCCAAUUCUCCAGCAAGAAAGCGCCUCAUUUUUGAAGACUUGACUUGUGAAACAGAAGAUACCUGCAUACCUGACAGUCCAUUUCCAGCUCUGACAUCACCAUCAAGUCCUGCUCCUACUCUGAUUUCUUCUUGUAGUACACCCCUUUCGCCAGCAAGAAAGCGUCUCGCCUUUGAAGAUUUGACUAGUGAAACAGAAGAUACCUGUAUGCCUUCACCCUUCCUACCACAAUGAAUUAUCUCAGCUGCUCUGGCCUUGCAACAACAAUGAGAUGGGGUAAGCUUACAAUUUUUAUUUGAAUAUUGUGUUUAUUUUAGUUAUCAAUGCAUUAUUCAUAUCAGUUAUGCUUGUAAAUGACUAUUGCAAUGCAGUGCACACAUUUAGAAGUGAAAAAAGGUAUUGCUUCACUUUAAGUACAUUUUCGCUUUACAUACAUGCCCCGGUCCCAUUGUGUACGUAA